AUGAAGUCAAAUGGCUGCGUUAGCAGCACCAAAGUGACCUCCCUGGAGCGCAAGCCUGGACAGUGCAUAUGGAGGUCCUGGCUGCCCAUACAAGACGCCCCCCUUGGCCUUGCUGAUGUGGUCCAAAGGAAGGCAGAGCAAUACAUUUGGCUCCAACUUGGCUGCAGGAAUUGCAGGAAGGAGGCAUACAAGGUGCCAUCAAACUGUCUUUGGGACUCCACUCUGGAUUUGUAUGGGGUUUACUCUUUAGCCUUUUCUUCUCCCAAAGCUGUCCCACAAGACAGUGGAGGUUUAGGAUCAGAUCUCCUAGAUGGGCUACCUUCCCAGGUAGACGAGCUCAAUCUGCCCCUCACUUCCCUCUACAGCACAUGCAGAAAACACCUUCUUGACUGUUGGAUCCACCAUUGGUCUUGUCUGCUCAAUCCACCAGAGCCUGUCUUUGCAUGCAGGAGAAGUCCCUAA